ACCGCUACUGAGGCUGCCAUCGAUGUCAACUUUGACUCGGAGUGGUUGUCGAUCAUUGACAUCGGUACUCCUCAACAGGAUAUGGCCGUCGUUCUCGACACCGGAUCUGCCGAUCUCUGGGUUUUCUCCACUGAGUGUGCCAGCUGCUCUGCCGACACCCACGAUCUCUUCGACCCCGAGACCUCCCGCACUUUCAUCAACUCCUCCACUCCCUUCACCAUCAACUACGCCGAUGGUUCCCAGGCUAAUGGUCAUUUGGGUUACGACGUCUUGAACUUGGGUGGUAUCAACGUUCAGAACCAGACUGUCCAGAUCGCUACUUCCAUUUCUGCCAACUUGAACCGUGCUACUUUGGACGGUAUCUUGGGUCUUGGGUUUAACCGUCUUGCGUCCGUCUCUGGUACCAAGACCCCCAUUGACAACAUGAUCUCUCAGAACUUGAUUGCUCAACCCAUGUUCGGUGUUCAGUUGAUCAAGGCAAACAAGGCGCCGUACUACAACGGUGGUGGUGGUGCCUGGACUUUCGGCGGAUAUGACUCUUCCGUCAUCAGCGGUGAUCUCGUCUCCACUGCCGUGACCCGCAAGGCCUAUUGGCAGAUCGCUGCUCCUCGGAUUAGUGUCGGUCUCAACGGUGCUGCUAUCACCGUCACUCACCAGUUCAUCGUCGACUCCGGUACCACCUUGGUCUUGAUGGCCAACGAGGAGGUUUCCCAGAUUUACGCUCAGCUUCCUGGUGGAACCUACAACUCCGCCGGAGGAUACUGGUCUAUGUGGUGUAACGCC